AUGUGCAAAAUCCGCAUCGUGCACUUCUCGUCGCACGACGUGCGCACCCCCAUUGCAACACACCCCUUCAGCGACACGCCCUCCAACGCCGACUUCAUCGCGCCGAACCUCAUCCACCGCUGCGACUGCACGCUCAACGCGGCCUCGCUCCUGGACCUGCCCGAGAACCGCGCCGCGCCGGGCACGCUCCCGCUGAACGCCUGCCCGUGGCACAACUGCUGCCUGAUCUGGUACCAGGCCGUGCUCUGCCGAUGGUACUGGGACAACCGGGAGGCGCUGGGUCUGAACCUGGACGACGAGCAGCCAGAGCCAGAGACGCGGUGUCCGAACUGCUUCGUCGUGGGCGAGUAUCACCCGAUCCGCAUGGUGCUUGACCUGGAACAGUCCAUUGAGCGCUGGGGGGAUGGGUGGGAGUAUACUACUAGUACUAGCGGGUUACCGGUGCGGGAGGGCGGGGAUAAGUUGCCUUCCUUCCCGGCGGAGGAAUUGUUUUACUCGCGCGAGAUCAUCGACGCGGAUCAGGUGGGCGCGGAGAGCGCCGGGCUGCACGAGGAUCGCAUGCGGGUGCCUGUGCUGGGCCAGAAGCUGCGGACGGCCAAGGAGCAGCUGAAGAAGGCCAUCUUUGUCGCGUGUGCCGCGUUGGACUCGCUGGAGGACGAUUUGGGCAUGGGCGAGGGCAUCAAGCGCAUCGUGGACGACCCCGCGUUUCUGCUGCUCAGGUUGAGGGAGGCGCAGGACCUGGUGCGGGAGGUCAGGUACGCCGAGGUAAUGUCCGCGCUGGCCUUUGGCGACUUGAUGGAGUCUGUCGGCUUCGUGCUGACAGCCCUUAACAAGAUGCCUGGUGAGGGCCACAGCGUGACUUCGCGCGACGGGUUGUACUCGGUCUCACGCGACCAGCUCAAUAUGGCGGAACUCGAGGCGACGGCUAUUGCGGACGCCUGCGAUGGACCGUUGAAGCAGUCGCCGGAGCUGCGGGAGCGGUUGCGGGUGAUCAAAGACAACGUUGGUGUCUUUAGACGGAGAGAAACUGCUACUAGUAGUAGUAACCGCCGGAGGAUGUCUUCGGGGACCCCGAUCCGAAGUAGUACCAGGGCAGUAUUGAUCAAUCUUCUUGCUCAGAGCUACGGGGUACUGGUCUCUGGGAGUCUCAGAUGUCAGCUCGUGGACUGA